CGAAAUGCAGAUAUUUAUAUACUUAGAGGCAACAUAUCAUUUUUUUAAUGAAAAUAUUAAAUAGUUGAUUAUGGGACCCAUUUUAAAAUUAAUAAUUAUCGGCGUUUUGUGUUUCGUUGUUGUUGUGUUAGCAAUUGUUUUAGCACUGGUUUGGACAAUGCCUGACUUACCUGAAAUUGUUAAUAAUGACAAAAUAUGUUUGCCAUCUGACAAAGGUAUUCUUGGUUGUGGAAAUACACCGGAUUUAAUACAUAAUUAUUUAGAGAGGAUUACGGCAGAAAAAUAUGACAAGAUUAAAAAAGAGGACGAAGAGCGGCAACAGAAAUAUCUAAACGAAAACCGACUCCGCCUGAUGGCCAUUUAUGACAAAUAUUUUUGGGAAAUGAAGCCAGCUGCUAAACUAACGGGAAAAGAACAGCCAAAGCAAAACAAAGAGAGUCAUGCAGAGAUGACGCCGAUACGAGUUUGGCGCCAUGGGAGAGAACUCUACAAUACAAGUGGAUUUGAACUUUACGGCGUGCGAUAUAGAAAUGGUCGUUUAGUUAUACCCGUAUCAGGCACUUACUUCAUAUAUUCUUAUGUUGACUUUUUCGAACCAUGCGUCCCCUCCACCGGUAAACCAAAUGUUAAGAAUGCAAGUAUACCAAUUAAACACGGUAUCUUUAAAUUUAAUAUCUUGGACGCCGAGGAGUCUGAAUUAGUUUCAAGCGUUCAGCCCCACACUAUUUCUAUCAAUCGAUACUUCAACGCAUACAGUAGUUACGUAUCGACACUUGCUGAAUUAAAAGCUGGAGACGAAAUAUCUGUGAAAGUAUCCAAUAUAACUUACCUUAAAUAUACAAAAUUUAACUAUUUUGGCUUGAAUCUAGUUUAGAUCUCCCCUAUAUGGAAGGCGUCCACAUUCAAGGGGAGGGGCAGUGAUAAAAACCUUUCAGAAAUAGGGUGUAAUGACCGUUCGAUCAAGUAAAAAAAAAAACAACAGCUUUUUAUUUCCUUAUUCUAUUUUCUCAAGCGGAAAUUAAUCAUUUAUCCUCUAUUCAACAAAUCAUUUGGAGAAAACACUAACAAAAAUCUUCGUUCAUUUUUCUAGUUACUAUAAACAAUCACUUCAAUCAUUUUUAAAUUCAAUGACUAUCACUGAUCAUUCGAAUGACCAACAUCAUCCAUAUUAUUGUUUCAAAUAAUGUACAUCGAUUGUUCUAUUCCAUUCAAAAGUAUUAUGUAUAGUAAGAUAAUAAUGUGGGUAAAAAUUAACUGUUAAACAUAAUAUACUGGAAAAACAAUUAACGAAUUUCUAUAGUAGACUUGAGGGAGAGGGCAGGGUAUCUCUAUGUGUGUAACGUUUUACACAAUACAACGACUUCUGAUGAAAAAAAUACUUAAUGCAAAACCUGAAUGAUUUAAUAAACAUUGGGUAAAUACAUUAGAUUUUCCUAAGAUAAAAAAUGGCAACGACUACCUGCGGUAAUGUUUUUGGUUUUUCAAUACGUUCGGAUGAAUAAAUGGUAUUCUUUGUACAAAAAUGACAUUCUACUUUCAUUUUUAUAGGUGCAGAUUAUUUGCAAACUUAACAGCACACAUAUAUUGUAGUUUAAGAAGAAGUCGGAUUUUUCUUUUACAUUAGUUGCAAAGUAAAUGAUGUUUUUAUUGUACAGAAAUAUUUACAGAUAUUACGUAUAUUGCUAGAAUCAAAAAGUGAGAAAUGCGUGCUUAUUCUAUACACUAAUAUUAUGUUUAGUGUGCGGAACACUUGUCAUCAUUGAAAAUAAGAAUAAGCAAAACUUCUGCAGCAUAAUUUCAGCAUAUCCGCAUAUAGUUUGACCGCAAAACUAUAAAUAACUUACUAUUUAUAGCCGAAACUAACUUUCUUUACACCAUUUGCAAGAUAUUCUUUUUAUUCAUAGGAUCAAAAUUUCUUCUUGUGAACAACAGAUGCAGUACUUUGAAGUGCAGCGUAACAGCGAGUGCAAAACUAUAUCUUUAAUCGACAAUCAGUACAAAAAUAAUUUCAAUACCCUUCUAAAUGUUGAAAGGCUAUGUUUAUUUAUGCAUAGCAAGUGCCUGCUACCUUCUUAAAGGUGCAAAAUAAAGACAAAUGAAUAGACAUAAAUCUUUAAAAAAGACUACACAUUUUGAAAUAUAGUACUAAACAUUACGAUAGCCGUGCAAUAUUCCUUUGAAAUCAACACAUGUACAGAGAAACAAAUGAUUGUUUCUGUAUUUUCUUAGACUGACAUGGGGGGUCAUUUUGUCCUACUUUCGUGUUUAUCGCUUUUCCGUAAUCGGUCGGAAAUUCCUCGGGAUCACGUGAUUUUAAAAUUGUUUCAAACAAAUAUCCAUUUAAGACGCGCAACAAAAUAACUGUAUUUCCAUGAUGGUAAUUAUGCACGACUUGCACGAAAAAUAUGAGAUGUACAAAAUUUAAAUUUAAAAUUGACAGUGACAUAUAUUAGGCCAAGACAAUGUGUUUAAUGUCUAAAAUCUUAUUAAAUUAAUGUAGCCAUGUGUACAUAAAUAAGUGUAUUUAGGUAAAUUUCAAUCAUACUUUGUUUCUGCAGUGUAAGACAGUUACUCAUUUAUAUUCUUAAAAUUAUACUGAAAAGAGAUUAACUGAAAAAGUUUACAGACGAAGUUGUAAAAACACUUUUAUUCGGGAAGGGCCUGAAUUGUCCUUAUGAAAACUUGUAGUAUAACUGUAUAUUACCUGUACUAUAAGAAUGAUUUUCAUGAAGUUUUUGUGAGUCACAAAAUUGUUGAAUUCCAUGUGCUAAGUUUGUAAAAAUCGCGUUAUCGUUUGGCAUAUGAUAUAUUUUGCAUCUAUUUAUAAAUUAUAGCCUCGUUUCGGAGGAUUCUUCCGAAAAAGUCCGAGGAUGCUCGACGGGUUCGUAAGCAGUCGGAAAGCAUACUUUCGGUUUGACAUAGGCAACAGUUUUUGUUUAUUUGUUAGUUAUUCUUGAACAUAUUCAUGACUAUUUGGUCAGAACCGAUGCAGUGGGCCAUAUUUUCAGUAAAUAGGAAGUCUCAGCUACAAACUCUGGUUUUCAUAUAAUACUCGUUCGGGUUUUAGUAAUGGACCUUUAAAUAUAUACCACUAGAGCCAGAUUAUAUAAGAUUGUUAUUGUGCAAUUACUUCUCUGUCCUUUUUUAUACGAUUAACGCUUGUCUUUUUCAUUCACUUGUUAAGUUUUGUUAUCUACAUGUAUAUAGAAACAUAUGUAUUGUUGAAUUCGAGACUUUAAUGCGUGCGCAGUGUUUAUUAUGAUUUUAUGCACGUCCAAUCACGCCAUUCAAUAUGAACUGUUCUGUUUUCUGCUGAUAAGCACUAACGUUGAUUAAAAUAUUUAAAAAUAAAAUGAAGGUAAGAACCACUUCACGUGAUGACAAGUGACGGAUAUGUAACCUAAUGUACUAGUUAUUAUCAUUAUUACUAUUAUUAUACCAGAUAUAUAUAGCGCCCUUUUCAUGAUAAACAUUACAUAUAGCAAACGCAGUCACACAGGGCGCGAAAUUCAUCCUCUACUAGUACAGACACAGAGCGAUCUGACCAGAGGGACAGAGUGAGAUAAAGCCACAAGACCAGACAGAAAACAGAGAGAGAUUAGGCCUGUCCGACUUAAUUAGCCUAGCUCUUUGCGAAAAGACAGUCUGGUUCUUUAACGUGCCCGGUGUAUAGCACCGAUACACGCGAAGCCUUAACUUAUUCCUGAGAAAAACCAGUACAGUUCUCUAGUUUGGUGGGAGACACUCAAGAGCAUCUCAGAAAUGUCCAAUGCCUGGACCGGGAUUCGAACCCCAGACCUCUGGAUUGACAGUCAAGCGUGUUAUCAUUAGACCAUCGGCCCACCUUUUUAAUACCCGAUUAUCCAUGUUUGUGCAAUAAAAAGCAUUUCGAAAAAGUGUAAGUGUGUCGUUCUUAAUCAGAUUUGUAAAAUAGCUGACAUAAAAAAAGAAAAAAAGAUAUGUAUGUUUAAGUGAUGUUUUCUCUUGAAAAGUUUGGUCGAUGUCUGUAAUAUUUGCAUAUAGCAGGUUAUGAGUGUUCUUUUUGAAAUAUUGUAUUUUCUUAAUAAACUGGUUUAAAGAUA